AUGUGCUUAUUGAAAUGGUAUAAGGCUCCAAAAAGACAAACCUCUUUAACCAGUAUCGCUUCCAGUCGUUGGAGGUCAGUGGCAAAUAUGAAGCCUGAAAUCAGCUCCCUACCUCCAACAGAGAUUGCAGCUAAACAGCAUUCCCGGCAAACCUACUGCCAAGUGCAGCAGUGGCUCGAGAAUGAGCUGCCCCCCUCCCCAAGAAUGGUGGUGGAAAAGUGUAAGAGACAUCCUAGUGCCAAUUACAAUGGAAGAUCUACCUGA